GUUCAAGCUCUUCAGCAGAAUAUUGGAAGGAGAUUCGUGAACUUGAGGAUCUUAUGAAUUCAAAGGUUCACACUGUUGUGAGCGAAUCUGUUCUGGCAGAAUAUAUUCCUUUUUCUAAUACGAAGAUGAAGUUUUUCAAAGAUGCGGAAAUUCCUAUUUCAUUAUCCUCUUCUGUUACAAGUCAAUUGAACAGUUUGGAAGAUAAGUAUAAGUCAGCCAUAGAGAAAUCUGAUCUUAGUAAAACAACUUCUGAAUCUACAAAAAAAAAGAUGUCCAAGUUGUUUUCAACAUACAUUUAUUGUUUUGAAGAGCUGGGUCUAUGGUUGGCACUAAAGGCUGCAGAAUCCAUAUCACGUGAAGAAUCUGAACAAUUCUCUUGUACUAAAUCGGAUGUAUGCGGUGAGAAGUUUAUGCGAGAUCUCAGUUUAGAAGCAUGCAAGUUGUUCUCUUCCCAUUUGCCUUCUGGUCAAAGCUGGUCUAUUUCUGAUGACAUAAAUGCUAAUGUUGAUGCUGGAUAUCUUACUUACAAAGUCAUUUGUCUUCUUGAAUCACUGCUUGAAUACAGGGAUAAAAAGGAAUUUAGAUGCAUAAUCUUUGUGGACAGAGUUGUAACCGCCAUUGUUCUUCCACUACUGUUAAAUGAUGUGCUCCCAAAACUUUGUAGCUGGAACACGAAAUAUACAGCCGGACAUCAGUCACGCUUGCAGUCACAAAGUAGAACAGAACAACAUAAAGUAGUUGAAGAUUUUCGCAGUGGUGCUAUAAACAUCAUUGUGGCCACCUCAAUACUCGAAGAGGGCUUAGAUGUACAGAGCUGUAAUGUUGUCAUUAGAUUUGACCUCUCUUCCACUGUUUGUAGCUUUAUACAGUCUCGUGGACGUGCUAGAGUUCAAGGCUCGGAUUUUGUGCUGAUGAUGAGGAAUGGGGAUAAGUCCAGUCAUACAAGAAUGGAGAAUUAUCUCAAAAGUGGUGAAGUGAUGAGGGAGGAAUCUAUACUCCAUGCUUCUGUUCCUUGUGGGCCUUUAAAGAGCCAAGAUGAGCCAGUAAUGUAUCGUGUUGAAAGCACGGGUGCAAUUGUAACACUGACUUCUAGUGUGGUACUAUUGUAUUUUUACUGCUCAAGGCUACCAUCAGACGGGUAUUUUAAACCUGCUCCUUAUUUUCAAUUUGAUGAUGAUUUGGGAACAUGUACUCUAUAUCUUCCCAAGAGCAGUUCAUUGACUAAUCACGUGACUGUUAGUGGUAACGGUAAAUUUCUGAAGAAAAUGGCAUGUCUAGAGGCAUGCAAACAACUUCAUCAAAUUGGUGCUUUGACCGAUCACUUAGUACCCGAUAUGGUGGUCGAGCAGGAGGCUGCUAUUCAAGUGCUUGGUUCGGUUCCUAAUAUGGAUAAUCUACCAAAUUAUUUUCCUCCUGAACUAAUCGAUACUAGUGAAGAUGGCGAAAUCAAGUCUUACCAUUGCUACUUUGUCAAGAUGAGUCGGGAUUUCGAGUAUUAUGUGCCUCUGAGCCAUGUAAUGCUCGUUUUUCCAACUAAGUUCGAGUUAAGCGAUGAAGACUUGAACUUUGAAUUGAAUGAUAAUAGAGGUUUUGUGACUGCACAGAUGAAAUAUGAAGGCCCUCUUGAUCUCAACUCUUACCAGGUGGCUAUGGCUAGGAGGUUUCAGGUCACUCUUUUCACAAUUCUUCUUGAUCACAGCUUGCAAAACCUGGAGGAAGCGUUGUCCAAACGCGAUUCUGUUUCUGGAUUAGAUUAUCUCGUCCUUCCUUGUAAGCGAGAGGGAGUCAUUGAUUGGAAUUGUGUUAUAUCUGCAAUGUCUCCAAGAAAAAAUCUGUGUAAGGAGCCCCUUCACUCUACAGCUUGCGAAGCUGGUCAGCACAGAGUGCAUACUAAGCAUGGCCUUGUAUGUCACUGUAUGCUCGUCAAUUCUGUGGCCUGGACUCCACACAAUGGUCAUGUUUAUCUUAUUAAUGACACUUUAACCGAUAAGACUGUUAAUUCACUCAUGGAUUUUAAAAGUGGUGUCGGUUUAACAUACAAUGAGUAUUAUAAAUCAAGAUAUUCUAUUGACCUGCACUUCGACGAAGGACCAUUGCUCAAAGGAAGGCGACCUUUUGUAGUCCACAACAACCCGCAAACAUCAUCAAAACGUCCUAACGAGAAAGAAAGAAUCAGCAAUCCUCAUGUUCAAUUGCCACCAGAACUUUGUUUGAUCAUUAUGUCUCCCAUAUCCGCCUCUACUUUCUACUCAUUUUCAUUUGUUCCUGUACUAAUGCAUCGUCUGGAAAGCUUGCUGGUAGCAGUUAAUUUAAAAGGGAUCCUUAAGGAUCACUGCAUAAGAAGUGUUGAUAUUCCAACUCUCAAGGUGUUGGAAGCUAUUACGACGAAAAGGUGUCAAGAGAAAUUUCACUUGGAAUCUCUGGAGACGCUUGGAGAUUCUUUCCUUAAAUAUGCUACAAGUCAGCAGCUAUUCAAGACUUUUCAGAACCAGCAUGAGGGUCUACUCACGAUCAAGAGGAGUGUAAUCAUAUCAAACGCAACCUUGUGCAGACUCGGCUGUGAACACAAGCUUCCGGGAUUCAUUCGUGACGAGCCUUUCAAUUCUAAAGUUUGGAUCAUCCCGGGUGAUCACUCUGGCAAGUAUGUAUUAGAUGAAGAGUCGAUUUCUUCAACAAAAAAGGUGUAUAAUAGGGGAAUGAGGAAGAUGAAGUUUAAGAGAAUAGCUGAUGUUGUUGAGGCCUUAAUUGGCGCAUUUCUUAGCACGGGUGGUGAAGAAGCUGCAUUGUUGUUUCUAAAUUGGCUCGGGAUUGAGGCUGAUAGAAUCCCCACACCUUACAUAAGGCUGCUACCUAUCCAUCCCGAGAGACUAGUUAACGUCGGUUAUUUCCAAGAUUUACUGCAUUAUUCGUUUCGGGAUAUAUCUCUACUCGUUGAAGCUGUAACUCACGGUUCCUAUAUGUUACCCGAGGUUCCGUUGUGUUAUCAGAGACUAGAGUUUGUAGGUGAUGCAGUCUUGGAUUACAUCAUAACAUUGUAUUUAUACAAUAAAUAUCCGGGUCUGACUCCAGGUUUGUUAACUGACCUUCGGUCAGCUUCUGUCAACAACGAUUGCUAUGCUCGGUCUGCCAUUAAGGCCAAUCUUCAUAAGCAUGUUCUUCAUGCCUCUCAAGAUCUUCAUAAGCACGUCCUAAUCGCGGUUCAAGAAGUCAACAUGUCAGAAACCACGACAGAUAUCGGUUGGGAAUCAGAAACUAAUUUCCCUAAGGUUUUGGGGGAUGUUAUGGAAUCUAUAGCGGGGGCGAUUUUCAUUGAUUCGGGUUAUAACUUGAACGUUGUUUUUGAGAGCAUGCGAGGGCUUCUUGAGCCUAUAGUUACACCGGAGAGUUUAAAGGUCCAUCCUGUACGUGAACUAACUGAAUUUUGUCAAAAGGAGCAUUAUGGGAUGGAAAAGCCAGUUGUUUCUCGUGAGAAAGGAAUGUUUUUAGUUACGGUUGAGGUGGAAGCCAAUGGUACGAUUCACAAGUACACUGGCAAAGCAACCGACAAGAAGAUUGCCAAGAAACAGGCAUGUUCUGAACUUCUAAGUUUGCUCAAGGAUUCCAUGUCAACAGACAUAUAGUUGUUCUUAUUAAUGUUUACGGUUUAGGAUUAGAUGUAAUGUCAAAACCGAUGUAUU